UUCCAACUGCUUCAAAAUCACAGUGUCCGUGACACAUUACUUCCUCUCUUCACUGGCUGGAAGAAAAAUCCCUUACUCGCAUUCCAUUCUUCCAUUUGCUUAUUUUCACUGCCCUUCAGAAAUAGCUCAAUCCCCCAUUUCCACUGUUCAUUUACCCAAUAAACCUUCUGAACGACCCUUCAUAGGUCGGCCUCUCUUAUUGUCACUAUGGCCCAAAAUCGUAUAGAUCUUAUAAAGGUAUCUCAGGUGACAGACGUUCAGCUGGAGAAAAAUCAAGACGUAUUCUCUGGAACCCUGCACUUAACCGAUCACAACCUCAUUUUCAGUCACUCUGAAGGCGAAUUAUGGAUACCGUAUCCCAUCAUUCAUUACGUUGAACGACGGCCACAGUCUCCAUCUAAUAAUCUAUAUCCACUGUAUAUCAAAUGCCGCGAUUUUUUGAUAUUCACAUUGUCUAUGCCCGACGAUCGCGAUGCACAAGACGUAUUUGAUGUUGUCCAAAAGCUCACGUGUAUAUCUUCUACGGAGCAACUGUACGCCUACAGCUUUCAACCACGUCCGCCUUUCACAUCCAUCGAUGGAUGGAAGAUAUAUGACCCUGUGACUGAAUUUGAGAGAAUGGGAGUAGGCAAGAUAGACACCUGGCGACUCUCAUCCAUCAACCGUGACUACAGUUUCUCACCUACAUACCCGAGAGUUCUUGUCGUUCCAACAAAAAUAAGUGACAACGUUCUCAACUAUGCUGCAAAGUAUCGAAGCAAGGCGAGAAUACCGGCGUUAUCUUAUCUUCAUUGGGCCAAUAGGGCUACCAUAACACGAUGCAGUCAACCCAUGGUCGGUAUCAAGCAGGCACGCUCUAUCCAAGACGAAAAAUUGAUUGAAGCCAUAUUCGCUUCGAAUGUUCCUAACGGCGUCAAUGGACAAGUGGUGUACGGUUCAACUGCGGCCAAUUUGAUUAUUGAUGCUCGACCCAUGGCCAAUGCUGUUGGUAACGUAGCCAGGGGUGCUGGUACGGAAAACAUGGAAAAUUACCGAAACUGUAAGAAGAACUACAUGGGCAUCGAUAAUAUCCAUGUCAUGCGAGAUAGUUUAGCGCGCAUGUGUGAUGCAAUGCAGGGAUCUGAGUCGAUUGGCGGAAUGAUCAAUAAGUUUGCGCUUCAAAAGUCCAAUUGGCUUAAACACAUUUCUACUUUGCUGGACGGAACAUUGGUCAUUGUCAAGAGUGUUCAUAUCUUCAACUCUCAUGUCCUGGUUCAUUGCUCUGAUGGAUGGGAUAGAACUGCACAAUUGACAUCCAUCGCUGAGCUGUGUUUGGAUCCAUAUUAUCGAACGUUCAGAGGAUUUCAAAUUCUGAUAGAGAAGGAAUGGGUUGCGUUUGGUCACAAGUUUGCCGAUCGAUGCGGUCACAUUUCCAAUGAAAAAUACUUCAUUAACCUAGCCAACACCGGUGGUUCAACUGCAGCCAAUACCAUCAAAGAUAUGCAGAACAAGUUGUACAAAAGUGGAUUCCACCAGCGCGAAACCAGUCCCGUGUUCCACCAGUUUCUAGAUUGUGUAUUUCAACUGAUCAAGCAAAACCCAGCACGAUUCGAGUUCAACGAACAAAUGCUUUCAGAAUUGCAUUACCAUGUGUACUCUUGUCAAUUUGGUACUUUCCUGUUUAACAAUGAGUACGAGCGCUUCAAGAAUCAACCACAGACCAAAACCUUUUCGAUAUGGGAUCAUUUGAACUCCAACCGCGAUAAAUUCACCAACCCAAAUUACGAUCCGACACUAGAUCAAGAUAUCAGUCACGAUGGGGGCGUUUUGUUGCCUGAUCCAAAGCAUAUACAGUACUGGGCUAGUUUGUUUGGACGAAGCGAUGAGGAAGUCAAUGAAGCUGUCUUCCCGGCCAUGCAACAACAACAAAUAGGUCAAUCCAUAGAAGCGACUGAGGCAGCAGAGUCUGAUUCAGAAAACGGUGUGAGCAGGAUUCGAACUGUGUUCAAGGAGACUACCCCACCUAACGAAGAGAAUAGUUCAAUGACUACUACCGCGGAAUCCACCAUAGUCGAAUCACCGUUAACCACUACAUCCAUCACGGUGCAAUCCAGCUAUACAGAUUCGGACCCACUCAAUAGCCAAAUGAGCUCACCCGGGUCUAAUGCCAACAAGGCAGCUAUUGACUUUACCGAAGUGUCUACCCGUAUAGGUACCAUGGUCAAUUCGUUUUCAAGGUUUACUAUGAAUGUUGGAGAAGCAAUGUACAGUCGAGCAAGGAGUACGAGUGAAAGUAUUGCGUCGCCCCCGGUUGAAAGAGAAUUAGGAGCGAUGGAUCGAUGGCCGCCGUCCAAGACAUCAUCAGCCAGUGCCACUGAUCUCAUGGGUCCCAACAACAACCAGCAUGAGAAUAAGAACGGGUCACCGCUUCGAUCGUCUUCUUCGCCUUACCUUAGUCAUUCCGGCAGCCCCAAGCAUACCACGCCACCAGCAAGACGGCCAUCGCCUUUAGGAACUGAUCCUCUGGAGGUAUCGUCGUCACCCACCCAACAAGAGAGAUCCAGUCCCAAAUGGACAACCCCCAUACCGUCAUCAGCCUCGACGCCGCCGCCGCUCGAGGAAACAAGUGAUAGCAAGGAUCAACAACUCGACUUGAACGAUUUACCUCACCCAUUGUGGAUAUCGGAUUCUUAAACCGCCCCGCCCGCUUUGAUGUGCCCACCACACUCUUUUUCAAUGUACAUCCCAUAUUCUUUACUAUAGCCGAAACGGAACGAAAACGAGGUACUACACAUAUAAAAAAAAAACAAACAGUCGAAUCAUAUUUUUUUUCUUUGGUAUUUGGUAUGGAAAAUAGAGGGAAA